AUGCGUAAAUCAAAGGGUCUCUUUUCAUUAAUAAUCAUGUUUAACAUCCUUGUUCUUGGUGCCGGUGGUCGUGAGCAUGCUCUUGUCUGGAAACUUUCACAGUCUCCCAAAGUAGGUCGGAUCUACUGUGCUCCUGGUAAUGGAGGUAUUGCAUCAGUGUCCAAGGUUCAAUGCGUUCCAAUCGGUUCCUCUCCUCGUGAUUUUGAUCAGUUGGUUCAAUUUGCUGUUGAAAAAAAUGUUCAGCUUGUUGUUCCUGGCCCUGAGCAACCUCUAGUGGAUGGUGUGGCUGAUGCCUUUGCCAAAGUGGGGAUUCCUGCCUUUGGCCCAAGUAAGCAGGCUGCAAAGAUGGAGGGUUCCAAAGCCUUUGCUAAGGAUUUUAUGAAGCGCCAUGGAAUCCCGACUGCUGCUUAUCACACUUUCACUGAUUACUAUGAGGCCAAAAAGUACGUAGAAACUGCCUCCACUCGUCUCGUUAUUAAGGCUUCAGGUAUUGCUGCGGGAAAAGGUGUGUUGAUCCCUUCAAACAAGCUAGAAGCACUUGAAGCACUAAAAGAGGUAAUGGUGGACCGUAAUUUUGGUUCCGCAGGUGACGAAGUGGUCGUUGAGGAGUUUCUGGAAGGAGAUGAGUUGUCUAUCCUUUGUAUUAGCGAUGGAUAUUCAUAUGUCUAUCUUCCUCCUGCCCAGGACCACAAGCGUGCCGGCAACGGUGAUACAGGGCUCAACACUGGUGGAAUGGGAGCAUAUGCACCAGCUCCUCUUGCCACUCCUCAACUGCUAGCAGAGAUUGAAAGAACUAUAUUGAAGCCAAGUGUUGAUGGUAUGAGAAAAGAUGGUUAUCCUAUGGUUGGCUGCUUGUUUGUAGGUGUUAUGGUUACUCCGGAUGGUCAACCCAAGGUGUUAGAGUACAAUGUCAGAUUUGGUGAUCCGGAGACUCAGACUGUCUUACCCCUUCUGAAGUCCGAAUUGUUGGAAGUUAUGAUGGCUACCGUUGAUCAUAGACUUGAUUGUAUUGAUUUUGAAGUUUAUAAGGACAAAUCCAGUGCUACAGUUGUAAUGGCAGCUGGUGGUUACCCUGAAAAAUACAAUAGGGGAGAUAUAAUCACUCUUAAGGAACCAUUACCUGAAGAUACUUAUAUAUUCCAUGCUGGCACAGAACUCAAUAACGCUGGUACACUUGUUACUGCUGGAGGCCGUGUUAUUGCCGCAACUGCCGUUGCCAACACACUUGAACGGGCUGUCCAAAAAGCUUACGUUGGUGUGGACUAUGUCUCUUUCAAAGGUAAGUACAACAGAGAUGAUAUUGCACAUAGAGCCUUUGAUAAGACGCCAAAAAAAGUGUCUCUUACAUACGAAGCAGCGGGAGUUUCUGUUGAUGCAGGAAAUAAGUUGGUUGAAAAUAUCAAGAAGUUAGUGAAGUCUACUGCCAGGCCAGGUUCCGAUCCCGAGCUUGGAGGCUUUGGGGGCUUAUUUGAUGUUAAGGCUGCUGGGUACACUGAUAUGGAUAACACCCUUUUUGUAGGUGCCACCGAUGGAGUGGGAACGAAGCUUCGUAUUGCCCAAAUCAUGAACAUCCAUGAUACUGUGGGUAUUGACUUGGUAGCCAUGAACGUGAACGAUUUGGUAGUUCAAGGUGCUGAGCCUCUUAUGUUCCUUGACUACUUUGCUACAAGCCACUUGGACAUUGACAUUGCCGAGCAGUUUGUGAAAGGUGUCGCUGACGGUUGUAAACAAGCGGGAUGUGCAUUGGUUGGAGGUGAGACUUCUGAAAUGCCUGGUAUGUACGCCCCAGGUCAUUAUGACACCAAUGGAACUGCAUUUGGUGCCGUUAUCAAAUCACAAAUGUUACCGAAAGUGAGUGAUAUGGCAGAGGGAGAUGUGCUAUUGGGUCUUGCCUCUAACGGAACUCAUUCUAAUGGUUAUUCGUUGGUGAGGAAAAUUAUUGAAAGCACAGAGUACGAGUACACAGAUCCAGCCCCGUGGAAGCCAAGCCAAUCAAUUGGCCAGGAGAUGUUGAUCCCAACGAGGAUCUACGUGAAGCAGUUACUUCCAUCCACUAAAGCAGGACUUAUCUUAGGAUUGGCCCAUAUUACCGGUGGAGGAUUAAUUGAGAACGUUCCAAGAGCACUUCCUAAAGGCUUAACUGCCAAGAUCGAUAUUUCUACGUGGGAAGUUCCGGAGAUUUUCAAGUGGCUUGGAAAAACUGGAGGUGUUCCCAUUAAGGAUAUUCUAAAGACUCUUAAUAUGGGUGUUGGUAUGGUCGCCAUAGUUAAGCCAGAAAACGUGGCGCAAGUCAAGAAGAACCUUCAACAGGCUGGUGAAAUAGUUUACACUAUCGGACGUUUAGUUAAGAGGCAAGAAGGAAUGCCAGGAUGUAUCGUAGAGAGUUCCGAAGGUAUAUAUUAG